UUGAAGAGAGGUCGCCAUAGCAAAUUCGUUUUCCUGCUCGCCAAACGCGCCGCUUCAUUGUUCCGGUAAUCUUUUACCCCAAUUUCGUUUUUUUCUUUUUUAUAUUUUUGGAUCACAAAUUAAAAUUUGGAAGACAAAGAUUUCCUUGAUUAGUGUUGUUUCUGAGUCGACGAAUUCCAGUAAAUGAUAGACGAGGUGGGACAUUGAACGUUAUGUUUGUUAUAAAAGAAUUCGUAAAAUACUAGUUUCAGUAGCAAUUUUGAUAGUUACCUUGGCAUUAACUGUACAUACACAAUGCUUGUAUAACGAAAUGUAAUUUUCCAAAACCUGAAAUAGAUUGUGUUUAUAUUUAUGUACAUGAUGGUAUCAUACAAGCAAGUGUGGAUUUUUAUCAAAUGAUCCUACCAAUAUAGUGCAAACUUUAAGCUCUAGUGAAGAAACUUGUUAUAGUCUAAUCAUCAACAAGGAGAAAGAAAGAAUGUUUUUCCACAUGGUAUUGGAGAGAAACAUGCAACUACACCCUCGUCAUUUUGGCCGUGAUCUCCGGGAUAAGCUCGUGACCAAGCUCAUGAAAGAUGUUGAAGGCACUUGCAGUGGUCACCAUGGAUUUGUUGUUGCAAUAACUGGGAUUGACAAUGUUGGGAAAGGGCUUAUUCGUGAUGGGACCGGAUUUGUUACUUUCCCGGUGAAGUACCAGUGUGUUGUAUUUCGACCUUUUAAGGGAGAGAUUCUGGAAGCUGUUGUUACAAUGGUUAACAAGAUGGGAUUUUUUGCCGAGGCAGGUCCUGUCCAAGUUUUUGUAUCAAAUCAUUUGAUACCUGAUGAUAUGGAGUUCCAAGCUGGUGAUAUCCCGAAUUACACUACUUAUGAUGGAUCUGUCAAAAUACAGAAAGAAAGUGAAGUUAGGCUGAAGAUAAUUGGAACUCGAGUUGAUGCUACAGAAAUCUUUUGCAUCGGCACCAUAAAAGACGAUUUUCUUGGUGUGAUCAGUGAUCCAGGUGCAAACUCCUGAUAUGUGUCUGGUUCAGCAACAUUUUGGGGAGGAGAGUGUAUGCCAACAAAAAUGAAAAGAAAUUGCCAAGUAAUUCUGUUUUGUGAAUCUCAAAACAGUUUUUUUUUUUGUGAAUUUUCCAAGGGUUGUUAUAAUGGUGAAAGUCUGUGUUAUUUCUUCCUAUUUAUCUUGUUGGAGUAGGUAUUAAAAUUAUCU